AUGACGGAAACGCUUUUGGGUGCCGCUUCGCCGGCGAUAGAGCUCCCGCUUGGCGGCGCAACACCGUUAGGCCUUUCUGGUGGCUCGUCACUGGGAACGCCGUCGCUAGGACAUCCUUCAAGAGGUGCUUCGUUUCCUUCUAGCCUGUCGCUAUUUUUGCGCGGAAGGCGAAUUCCCUUCAGAUGCCCACGGCCUGAGGCGUCGGAACAACCCGAGUUCCCGGGAGAUUGUAAUGACUGA